UUAAUAGUAGUUUAAUUGUGGGUAUAAAUAUUAAACAUCUCAUUAUUUUUUAUAUUUUCAAAAUGGCUAGCAACAGUAGUUUAGAUUUAUUCUACGAUGCUGUUUUAACAUUAACCAAAUCAGCAGGACAGAUAAUAAGGGAAAAAAAUUUAGAGCGCAACAAGUACGUGGAGUUCAAAAAAUCGCCGAAGGACCUGGUGACCGAAACCGACAAACAGGUGGAACGGUACCUAAUCGAUGGCAUAGCGGGAAAAUUCCCCGAUCACAAAUUCAUCGGCGAGGAAUCGUCGAAGGAAAUCGUCCUCACCGAUGCACCCACGUGGGUCAUAGAUCCCAUAGACGGGACCAUGAAUUUCGUGCACUCGUUUCCGCACUCCUGCAUCUCCAUAGCUCUGUACGUGAACAAGCAGCCUGUCAUCGGGAUCGUCUACAACCCCAUGCUGGAGCAACUCUUUACAGCCAGGAAAGGCCAAGGGGCUUAUUUGAACGGUCAACCCAUUAAAGUAUCCCAAGUCAAAACCUUAUCUACUGCUCUAUUAAUGCUCGAAAAUUGGGGCCCGUCGCCUAAUUACCAGCUCACUCCUGAAGUUCAGGAGCACUUAAAAUCGCUGUCAGAUGAUAGCCAUAGCUCGAGAUGUUUGGGUUCGGCGGCUUUGGAUCUGUGCAUGGUAGCCUGCGGAGCAGCCGAAGCUUACUACAGCUACGGGUUGCAGGUGUGGGACAUCGCAGCAGGAGAGCUUAUUGUUACAGAAGCCGGGGGGAUGGUGACUGAUGUUAACGGAGGACCUUUGGACAGGCUCGCCAAGAGAAUGUUGGCUACAAAUAACAAGGAAAUCAACGAUGCUUUGGCUGAAAGAUUGGUUGCUCUCGAAGAGAAGAUGAAGAAAAAAGGGGAUUUAUAAGUGGUUUGGAUAUAAAUUGGAUUGAAAUUGUAGUUGUUUUUGACUUUAAUUAGCUCAUUUUGGUAUCCUGC